AUGACAGAAGCUGAUGCUGGUCAAAUAAAUAUGAAGGAUGCAGGCAUUAGCAUGCCCCAUAUAUAUGCUAUGUUAGCUAAUCAAGCAGGUGGUUAUGAGAAUGUUAAUUAUACCUUAAGGGAUAUGUAUAAUGAGAUUGCUAGGCGAAGAUGUCAUGUCCUAGGUGAUGCUAGAGCAGCAUUGCGAUACCUCAAAAACCAGAAAGAUGAAGAUCCUUGCCUCUAUUAUAAGCACAUAGUUGAUGCUAAAGGGAUGUUGCGAGCUUUAUUUUUGUUGGUAUUUGGAAGUGCUCUAAUUAUUGAUAAGAGUAAGGAUGUCUACGUGUGGUUGUUACAACAACUAUUGGCAGCCAUGAAGAAAAAAACACCUGUAUCUGUGAUUAUAAACAUCAAUGAAGAGGUUGAAGCUGACUAUGUUUCCAUAUUUGGUCUUCCGAUACUUAAAACAGCAUUGGAACCUUUAGAAAGGCCUGCAAGAAUGAAGGUUGUACAAGAUGAGGCAUUUGAGUCAUUUGUGCUUUAUACAAUAUCUAAAUAUAGAAGUUUAAAUACUUCAUGGGAGGUGUCUAUUGAUAACGAAAUGACGAAUUUCAAUUGUUCAUGCUUAAGGAUAGAAUCUUUUAGAAUUCCAUAUUGGUGCCGGCAACUGUCCUAUAUUGCUAGUCGAAGGAAGGAGAGAUUCCACCUUAUUCGGGAUACUGUUAUAAGCCUAAUCGAAGAUUUCAAAAUUGAGGAUGGACAAGAGAAGCAAAAAGACUUGGAUGCAGAUGCAGAAAUGAGAUUUUGA